AUGGUUCAAAAGCACCAUUCUGGGCUUACUGCUCCUUUAGCUGGAUUUGGGGGCUCACGACCAUCGAACGCUUUCACGGCUCUAUUAGAGGUCACCAAAAGUCGUCCAUCUCCAAGAAAUCUAUCUGACAUGGAAACGUGGAGUCGUCCGGCAGCAGCCUGGGCUGCAGAGUGGCAGAAGGCCAUAGACGGGUUUCAAAUUACUAUCGACUCAGCAUUUCCCACGUGGGCUGUGGAGACGGCCGCGAGACAUGGCGUAAGAUGUGAGAUCCGGCAACAUUCCAGGCAGCAAUUAGCGCCAACAAACCUCCAAUACUUAGAGAAGAAAGCCGGAACAAUAGAAAUUUUAUCAUCCGACUUCGUGUUUGUUGUGAAGAAAGCUUUUGAUGAGAACUGGAUGAGAAUAUGGCAAAAACUGUACAUCUGCUAG